GUGCCCCGCCCUCCGCAGGGAUCGGCUGAGUCCCAGUCACAUGACUUCGCGACUUCCGGCAGCUGGGGCUGCUCCGCAUGUGCAGUUGUGGGGAGUCCCGCCGGGGUUGGGGGCCCUACGCCCCCAGCCCCGUGCUCUUCCUGAGUCUGUUUGUGUCUGCGGCCCCGUUUGGGCUGCUGGGGGAGGAGACCCGUCAGGUGUCUCUGGAGGUGCCGGGCUGGCCAGACCAUCCCCAGAACCUGCUUCAUAUCCGGGCGGUGGGCCCCAACUCCACCCUGCACUACGUGUGGAGCAGCCUGGGGCCUCCCGCAGUGGUGCUGGUGGCCACCAACACCCCCCACAGUGUCCUGAGCAUCAACUGGACCCGCCUGCUGUCCCCUGAGCCAGACGGGGGCCUGGCGGUGCUCCCCAAGGACAGCAUCCAGUUUUCGUCUGCUCUCGUCUUUACCAGGCUGCUGGAGUUUGACAGCGCGGCCUCGGGCGCUGCAGCAGAGCCCCCGGGAAAACCCUAUCCUCCGUACUCCUUGGCCGAGUUCUGGUGGAACAACAUCACCGACUCACUGCAGCCUGCCACCCUGAGCGCCACCUUUUGGGGCCACCCUGCACGUGACCCAGCCGGGACUUUUGCCAAUGGUAGCCUGGCCUUCAGGGUCCAGGCCUUCGACAGAGCGGGCCGAGCUGCUCAGCCCCCUCGCCUCCUGCACACAGCAGACACCUGCCAGCUAGAGCUGGUCCUGGCUGGGGCCUCUCCCCGAGGGAACCGCUCCCUGUUUGGGAUCGAGGUGGCCACCUUGGGGCAGGGCCCCGGCUGCCCCGUGAUUCAGGAGCGGCAUUCCAUCGACGAUGAAUAUGCGCCUGCUGUCUUCCAGCUGGACCAGCUGCUGUGGGGCUCGCCCCCUUCUGGCUUUGUGCAGUGGCGCCCCGUGGUGUUCUCCCAGGAACAGGCAGACCGAGACUCAGCCCUGUCCUGCCAGGCUUCCCCUCUUCACCCCACCUUGGCACACUCUCUUCCCCCCACCUUGGCACACUCUCUUCCCCAGUCGCCUGUUGUCCAAGCCUUCUUUGGACCCCAGCAAAACUACUGUACCUUCAGCCUGACAUUUGGGGCUUCCACAGGCCCUGGCUACUGGGACCAGCACUACCUCAGCUGGUCUGUGCUUCUGGGGUUGGGCCCCCCGCCAGUGGAUGCCUUGUCCCCACUCAUCCUGGGAAUCAUGGCCGUGGCCCUGGGUGCUCCAGGGCUCCUGUUGCUGGGGGUAGGCGUGGCCCUGCUCCUGCACCGCACGCACCCCUCAGAGUACCGAUCCAUAACCUGAGGCCCACUCACCAGGGAGGCCAUGGCGGGACCUGCCGUGCUGGAAGGUCAAUGUUCCCAGCCCUUUUCCCUCGCCUAUCUUGCUUUUCUACAGAGCCUCAGAGAACAGCCUCAACAUCUGAGGACCCCCAGGUGGGGUUUCUCGAGUUCACUGGGGAGGGGCCAGCAUUAUUGCUGAAAGAAGGUCCCCUUUGUGUUGCUUCCAUGUGUAGUCACUCCUUCCAAUCCGUGUUCCAAGUAGGGUAUCGUGGCGCACGCCUGUAAUCCUACCACUGGGGAGGCUGAGGGAGUAGGAUCACCAUGAGUUCCAGGCCAGCCUGGGCUACAUGGUGAGUUCAAGGCCAGCCCAAACUACAUAAACCCAGGCCCCUUUCCACUGGAUGACAUUCAAAGCCCUGAAAGAGUGUCUAGCUGGCUGCCUCUGCCAGCAUAAAAUAGAAUUAUUUUUUCACAAGG